UCAUUGCAUAAUGCGCGAUCUCGUCAUGAACCGGAGCGCGCUCCUCGACAGCGAGGUUCAGGCUCUUGUAGUCAACACAGCUUUCAAAUGCGAGCGGGACGGGUCCAAUGAAAGGAACUCCUCGCGCACGGCAACACACGUUCAGCCGGAUUUAACUCAGUAAAAUCUUCUGUAUGGUCGGGGGACACCAGAGCGCAGUAUGGUCCGGGAAACCAGACAUUUAUGGGUGGGGAAUUUACCAGAAAAUGUACGAGAGGACAAAAUUAUCGAGCACUUCAAGCGGUAUGGACGUGUGGAGAGUGUCAAGGUGCUCCCAAAACGAGGAUCGGAGGGUGGAGUGGCAGCUUUUGUGGAUUUUGUGGACAUUAAGAGUGCUCAGAAAGCUCAUAAUUCUCUCAACAAGAUGGGAGACAGAGACCUACGCACUGAUUACAAUGAGCCAGGAACUAUUCCCAGUGCAGCUCGAGGCCUGGAUGAUAGCCUGUCCAUAGCCACACGUGGGCGGGAUGUUUCAGGGUUCACAAGGGGGGCGGGGGGCCCUGUGUAUGUGCCCCCUGUGUCACUCCACAGCAGAGAGGGACGCUUUGAACGCAGACUAGACGGGGCUGCAGACGGUCGGGAGCGGUCUUACGAUCACAGUGCCUAUGGACACCAUGAGCGUAGCAGCAGCAACAGCAGUAGUUUCGAUCGCCAACGUCACUAUGAAACCGAUUAUUACAGAGACUCUAGGGACCGGGCCCUCAAUGGAGCUAGCGGGAGUGCCAGUUCUGCCAGUGGCAGCAUUGGAAGCGGCUCAUCAGGGGCCAGUGUAGGUGUUGCAGGGAGUGUUGUGGGAACUACCAGUGCUGCUGGAAGCAGUAGCAGCACUGCUGGAGUAGGAAGUGGCGGCUCGACACCUGGAGGCAUUGUCUACUAUGGUUCACGAAGCAGGAGCCCUACUCAUUUUGAGACUACAGAGACUCGCUAUGAGCCCCAUGCCCGUGAAACUUUCACACUCGCCAGUGUGGUCAAUCGGGAUUUACACAGAGAAGAAAGAGGCAGACGAGGAGAAAGGAAAUACCACCACAGUCGCAGUCGUUCACCAUCUUCGCAAUCACACAAUCCAUCACCACAGAGGCUGCCAGGCCAAGCAGGGCGGCCAGCACACUCCUGCAGUAGCCCAGGAUCACGCAGUCGUUCCUCCAGCUCUGACUCUGUCAGCAGCACCAGCAGCAGCGGCAGCGGCAGUGGCAGUGGCAGUAGUGAUUCCAGCAGCAGCUCCAGUGAUCGGUCUCCAGCUAGAUCUGUUCAGUCAGCAGCUGUACCUGCCCCUCUUGCUCAGCCCCUACUUUCACUGGACAAAGAUGAACCUCGCAAAAGUUUUGGUAUCAAAGUGCAGAACCUCCCUGUGCGCUCAACGGAUACAAGCCUGAAGGAUGGCCUUUUCCAUGAAUUUAAGAAACAUGGUAAAGUCACAUCAGUUCAAAUCCAUGGUGCCUCUGAGGAACGAUAUGGAUUAGUGUUCUUUCGCCAGCAAGAGGACCAAGAAAAAGCUCUAAGUGCAUCUAAAGGGAAGCUGUUUUUUGGCAUGCAAAUUGAUGUCACUGCUUGGCAUGGCCCAGAAACAGAGAGUGAGAAUGAGUUCCGACCUUUGGAUGAACGUAUAGAUGAGUUUCAUCCCAAAGCUACAAGGACAUUAUUCAUAGGAAAUUUGGAGAAAACCACAACUUAUCAUGACCUGCUUAACAUAUUUCAGCAUUUUGGAGAGAUUGUUGAUAUCGAUAUAAAAAAGGUAAAUGGUUCCCCACAAUAUGCCUUUCUCCAGUAUUGUGACAUAGCAAGUGUCUGUAAAGCAAUUAAGAAAAUGGAUGGUGAAUAUCUUGGAAACAACAGGUUAAAGCUUGGUUUCGGCAAAAGUAUGCCUACAACAUGUGUAUGGUUGGACGGCUUGUCCUCCAGUAUUACUGAACAGUAUCUCACAAGGCACUUUUGUCGUUAUGGACAUGUUGUAAAGGUUGUGUUCGACCGACUGAAUGGAAUGGCCCUCGUCUUGUAUAAUAAUAUAGAGUAUGCACAGGCCGCUGUCAAGGAAACAAAGGGUUGGAAAAUUGGAGGAAAUAAAAUAAAGGUUGACUUUGCCAACCAGGAAAGCCAGAUGGCUUUUUACCGUUCAAUGCAGGCAUCUGGACAAGACAUAAGAGAAUUCUAUGAAAUCAUAAAUGAACGAAGAGAGGAGCGCCGGCCACCAUAUCACGAGUUCACAGCUGAACGGGCAUACUAUGAGAAUGUGCGAACCCCAGGUUCCUACACAGAGGAUCCACGUCGAAAAUAUCCUGCCAGAAGUCGAGAGUUGUAUUCAGAAUGGGAUUCUUAUCAGGGAGAUUAUUAUGACCCACGAUACUAUGAUGACCCCCAUGAAUACAGGGAUUAUAGAGACCCAUAUGAGCAGGAUAUUCGUAAGUACAGUUACUUACAAAGAGAGCGUGAAAGGGAAAGAGAGCGAUUUGAAACGGAUCGUGAACGAGACCACAGUCGACGAACAAUUGAACACAAUCAAACCCCAUCCCAUCCACGUCGUCCUGCUAGUCCUGCUGUCUCCCCAUCCCUUUCUGAAUGUCCUCCCAGUGACUCUGAACAUCUUGUUUACAGCCGCUCAUCUGAGCGAAGUGGCAGCUGCAGCUCACUUUCUCCACCAAGAUUUGAAAAGCCGGAUAAAAUUUGUUUGGAGAGGCACAAUAGGAGUGAUAAAUCAGAGAAAGACCAAUCAAUUUUUGAGGAAGAGCGUGGAAAUGGAGGAGAAAAAGAUCGACGUGCUGGACGUAAGGAGAAAGGAGACAAGGACAGGACUGAAAAGCAAAAGGUGAGAAAAUGUAAACUUGUAUCACCUACUAUUCCAUCAUCAGAGCCAGACAUUGAACUUGACAGGGAUACCAGCCCAGAGGAUAUCUUAAUUAUGGGAGGUAAAUCCAGCAAAUCAUUGAUCAAAGACUACCCUGGAAAAGGAAAACUUGAUCUGCCACCUUGUGUUGUCCAGCUGACAAGAGUAAAGGAGAAGGAAGUGAAGUUAAUAGACUGUAUCCUCAGUGAGAAACAAAAAACAAAGGUUGGGAGUGACCCUGUUCGGUCCCCAAACACUCCGCCCUCUGCUGAUCACAAGAGUAUUCCAUUCCGCAUAGAAACUCAGGCUCAAGAUUUUUUUAAGCAUGGAAAACAUCUCAAGGAGAAAGGCUUGGCUAGUAAAGUUGAGGUUGUUGAUAAAGAGGGCAAUGUGAAAAACAAAAAAUGCUUAAAAACUGAUUUUGCAUUUGACACCAGCUCUUCUGUAGAUGCCGACUGCUUGGCUGCACGGAAGAGGCGCUUUGAUGAAACUUCUGGAAAGGCUGACAAUUUAAGGAAAAGAAGUGAGGAGGAGGAUGAAGUGCGGUUACGGAGAAUUAUUGAUGAAUCAUUGAAAGACAUUUAUUAUGAUAAAAAGAUGCAAAGAAAAGAAGCAUAUAAGAGAGAAAAAAUUAAGCUAGAGAGGAUGGUUACUGUUAAUACUACAAAAGAAGAGCUAGACACUGUAAUGUCAGUAGGCCUCAGUCUAGACCUUCAGGCUCCACUUGGGGAACCAACCGAGGAGGCAACAGAUCCCUUAGAUAGCCUUGAUCAAAAGACAGGUACUGUUGGGGCUCAAAGUCAACCAAGUCUUGCAGUCUCUGAUGAUGGAAGUGUAGAUAUGGAAUUUUCAAGAGAUCAAGAACAGCAGCACUUAGCUAGCUACCAUGUACUCUCCCCAAUGCUAGAAAGAGAUUCUGAAAGUAAAGAAAGUUUCAUCUCAGACAUUGAUCACUCACAGAGUUGCAGAAAACAAAUGGAGCAUAUCCGUCACCUACAGCAGCAAUUGCCAAAGUAUGAUAAAUCAAAUAAAACCGAAAGCACACCCAGCACUGAUGCAGAGGACUCUGAGCAUCAAAGUCAUGUGCAUGAGAAAGGAAAACAAGAUUUAACUAACGAUUCACCACCCAGCAAGCGAAAGAAGUUGGGACCAUUUGAAUUUGAUUUUGGCACUAAACGACAAAAAGAUUAUAAGAGGUUCAGACCGAUAAAUGAUGAACCUGAAAGGAGACUUGCUUCACUUCCAGGGACACCCCUUGCUGAGGAUGCAUCACAGUUGCUGGAAAAAGAACCAGAUUCACCUGUGGCAAUAAAUAAAAAUUGUUUCCAUUUUGAUGUAUCAAAAUACAAUAUUGGCAAUGCAGUGCGCCAAGGGCUUUCAUCGCAUGCAGAGAUUUUGAAAGUGAAAACUUCAGUCACAGAAGACGAGUUCUGUUGGGAAAGCAAAAUUAGGCAGGGCACAUUGAGAGAAGAAAUUAGCUUCCCCACAAGCAUUGUUAAAUGGGAAAGUAUCCAAAAACGUCCUGAAUGUGAAUUAGAACCCGGGGAGGUUCAGUCAGACUCUGAUGAAGAAAGCAGACACCUUUCACUAAAGCCAAACGCUUUCAAAAGAGAGCAUGAAAAGAGGCUUUCAGAUGUGAAGUUUUCUGAGUCACUUGAAAAGAAUAAGUUCUAUGAAUUUGCAUUGGAUAAGACCAUAACACCAGACACCAAAGCUUUGCUUGAGCGUGCUAAGUCACUGUCUUCAUCUAGGGAAGAAAAUUGGUCUUUUCUUGGUCAUACCUCAAAAUUCAAAAGCUUUCAGAAUAGCACAGACAAAGAGAAGUCUGAACCCACUCUAAGACCUAUUCCUUCUUGGUACAUGAAAAAAAAGAAAAUUCGCUCUGGUUCUGAUGGAAAGCUUGAUGAUAAAAUGAAGGAUGCCAAACCUGAUGUACAAGAACGACGAGAGCUCUUUGCUUCACGCUUCCUUCAUAGCUCUAUCUUUGAACAGGACUCAAGACGACUUCAGCACCUUGAGCGGAAAAAUAAUGACCCUGAUGUUAGAGUUGGAAGAGAUAGUAUUACAAGUGAUUCCCAAGGGGAACAAGUUGGAGUAGGAGGAUCAGACCUCUCUCAAGAACCAAGAGUACUUUUUCAUAACCGUUUCUUAGAACUUCAGCAAAGAGAUAAGAGCCAACAACUGCCAGUUUCAGAAAGCUUUAGUCUUACUGAGGAGGAGGAGGAAAAGACAUUGGAUGAAGAGUUUGGGCCUUCCCCCAAUGUAUCAGAAAUUUCCCAAGAGUUAACAGUUAUUCAUAAUACAGCUACAACAUCACCAAUGUCUCUGUCUAAAGUAUCAGAAACUUCUGUGCCGCAUGACAAGCUAGUUUUGCUCUCUACAUUAACCAGCAAAGAUGGUCCAGAAAUAGUGAAUGACCAGUCUGAAGAUGCUCCAGUAGAUUCUUUGCAAUCAAUUAGCCUAAAGGAGGAGAACACAGCUGUUACAGUGAGUGCUAUGCCCACUGAACCCAUGAUAAAGAAAGAUGCAACUGUCAAAGAACUUAAUAAAAAGCUGAGCGAGUCCAUAAGAGCUGUAAACCGAACUGUUGGGCAGGAUAUUGAUGUCAAACCUCCUACUCCUGGUGCAUCUCUAAGCAAUAUUGAGCCAGAAUGUGAUCCUUUUCAGGCAUCUUCUGUAACCUUUUCAAAGCCCAGUCAACCUCAAGAAAUUGCAGAACUUCCAGAAGCAAAAACAGAACCUGUUAAUGUUUCUCUUCACAAGGUUGCACUGGAUGUGGAGCUGCCAGAAACAGAACCUCGGGUUGAACAGGUACAGCCACCACGUAAACAACUCAAAAGUAAAAAGGUAAAAACUCUCACACCAACACCAAUCCCUCAGAUUGCUAAUGAGAAACCAGCUAUGCGAAAGAGUGAACGCAUUGAUAAAGAAAAGCUGAAAAGAUCCUCAUCUCCCAGAGGAGACACUACAACACUCAUUGCUGACCCCAAAAAUUCGGCAAAGUCUCCAGUUCAUGCAACAGAUUCAGAGCAGGGCCUUGAAUCAAACACAAGCCAUGGCAAAACACGGCAGCGACGGAAUGUACGAUCGGUCUAUGCAACACCCCAUGAGGAUGAGGCUUCUCAACAACCAGGAAAAGAAAUUACAGAACCUCCUCGUUCAACCCGUAAACGCUGUAGCGAUAAGGAGGCUGCAACACAACAUAUGGUAACCACACCUGGCAAGAGAGGUCGUCCACCCAAGACUCGCAAAAGAGCUGAUGAUAUGUCUCCAGUUCAUGGAGAUCAGACAAAAAAUUCUGAGAGUGAAGAUAUUGAAAAUAAGGAGUCAACAAGUAGUGGAGGAGUAUCUAAAACAGCAGAGACUUGGCACUCUCCACGAUCCCAAAAGGGGCAGUCUUCACCAAUAAGAGCAGGGCAAAUUAGAAAAACAUUGAAAUUGGACAAAAUUUCAGGUAGCCCAGAACCCAUUCAGUCAGAAACAGCAGUGCUUGAUGUGUCACCUGCCCUAGAUCACCAGAAUGAAUCCAAAGAUCAAACUUCAAUGCAAGUUGGACAGUUGUCACAAGAUACUAAACAACAUAACAUAUCUAAAAGAGAAAAGGGACUUGCACAUCCUUCUGAAGAAAAAUCAACAGAUAACAAUAUAGAAAUCACUUCUGUAGAAAAAACAGAGGCAUUAGAUCAGAAAUUCAAGGCAUCAAGGUCAACACAGAACACCAAAUUGAUGUCUGAUGAUAAUUCUGUGAAUGUUGUUAAUAUCACUGUGGAUAGAUUUAAGGAUGCCCUACAUUCAGGUGAUGAAAAAGCUGUACGUUUGGAAGAGUCUUUGAAAACCAAAACCACACCGAUAGUAAAAGAAGAGUUAAAAAUCCCAAUUUACCACAAAGAGGAAGAUGUUCACAGUCCUGAGGAAAAGGAGGAGACUCUUUUAGAAAUGGAGCCUCCUACUGAUCCUGUGGCUGCCUUGCUUGCCCGUCAAAUGGAACUGGAAAGGGCGGUGGAAAAUAUUUCAAGUCUUAUAGAUGAACAGCAUUCAACACCAAACAAAGAGCCUCGUGCUGAACCAACUACCCUAACAUCACCAGUUAUAGUACAACCUACAGUUGAUGCAGAAGUAGAAAAGCCUGCCAAUCCAGCAAGUGAAACUGAACUAGCUGCUGCAAUUGAUUCCAUUACUUCUGAGGAUAUAUCAGGUGAUGCAGAUGGAUUCUCUGCUCCAACAACAUACACAGGUCUCCUUCCCACACCAGGGGAAGUUUUGCCAGUGUCAAGUGAGGCUAUUGGACCUGAGACAGACUUGACUGUAAAGAAUAUUGUAGAAUCUGAACAAGGUAGUGUUCUGAUUCCAGAUUAUAAAAUGUCUCAAACAAGUAACACUGAUACUUCACUCACAGAGUCUCCAUUAUCAGAGGCAGCCAAAAAAGGAGGAAGAGCACAACCAAAAACACCAAAGAAAUCCAGAGGACGGAAGGUUUCUUUGAACAGAAAAUUAGAUCUCGCUGAUGAUGCAGAGCUGGAACCUAAAUCCAUCAUUGUCAAACUUCCAGAAUCUAUCCCAGAAGAGAUUCAAACUGCCAACCCUAAGGCCGCAACAUCAGCAGCUGCAGCAGCUGUAGUUACUGUUGCUGCUGCAUGUAAACAUGAAGCUACAGCUACAGUGACUUGUGACACACCAAAAGAGGCAGAACAGCCUGCUGUUGACCAGCCUGAACCUCAAGAAUCUGCCUUCCACUCUGGGAAUAAAAGUCCUUCUUAUUUAAGGACAAAAUGGACAUAUUCUGAACCAGUAGCACCUGCACUUACUUCACCUACAACUUGCCUGAAUUCACCUGCAUUAUCCAAGACUCCUCUCAUGACCCCUGAGUGGAACACUAGAACAGAGCAGAAAGGAAUUCCACCAAAACCACAAGUUAGUGUGGCACUGUCUACAGCAGGAGUUGGGGGACCCCCACCAAAUCCCCCCAUGCCUCCUGACACAAAGGCCUCUGAUAUUGACCCAAGCUCCAGUACACUGCGAAAGAUUCUAAUGGAACCGAAGUAUGUGUCUGCUACAAAUAGCAAUGCAGUCCCAAGUAUGCAGUUCACUACCACAUUAGCAGAUCCACGGAUGUCUGAUUAUAAAACUUCUCAACCCGAAGACAGACCAAGCCCUGUAACUCAACUUGUACCCCCUACAGCACCAACCCAGCCACCUACUCUGCAACAAUGUGAGUCACCACAAUUCCUAAAGGAGAAACUGGCUAUAACUUCCAGCGCUACUUCAGUCAUUAGUCGGAUCCCUAUGCCCUUUGAUUUGGAGGACACUCCUCACAUCUCGUUAAGCAACCGUAGCCCUGGUAUGUCCUUACCCAAGCAGAAGUAUCGUACAGGCUUGAAUGAAAAUAGCAGGUAUCAUGAGCUUAACCCCUCUGAUGAUGGCGGAAGUGUUGGGCGCCCUGUUGUUGAAGGCACACAUUGUAACACAGGGUUAAGUACUGGUUUGAGGGUCAAUACAUCUGAAGGUGUGGUAGUUUUGAGUUAUUCUGGACAAAAGACAGAGGGACCACAGCGAAUCAUUGCUAAAAUAAGUCAAAUCCCACCAGCUAGUGCCAUGGAUAUAGAGUUUCAGCAGUCUGUAACAAAAUCGCAGAUAAAACAAGAACCACCAUCUCACUCCUCUACCCCAAAAGGAUCACAUACAUCUACAUGUUAUGGACAUACAGGGGUACUAUUAGCUGGCCAAAAAUUCAGUGCUCAGCCUGUUAUUUCUUCAAUUAAUCAGGAAAGUCCUAGCUCUGAAAAAUCUGAACCAUCCUACUACACUGUUCAACAAGGAGGUUCUGUGAAAACCUUCCACCAAUCCACAAGCCAUUCUCAGUUUCUGAGGUAUGGUCAGUCAAUUACACAGCAGCAGAAUAUUAAGAAAAAUGGAGCAACUGAAACUGUUUCGAUGAAAGCUGAGAUCAAACCAUCACAGACCUUCAAUGUUAAACCAGUUUUAAGCCCACACCACCCAUCUUUGGCAGGCAAUCACAUCUUAAGUCCAAAUGCUGCACAUGAAAGAGUGUUCUCACAACCCAGGCAAGAUUCACAUUCUCCGAGGGCAUCAGGCCAUUCCACAUCACCCUUAACAAAAGUUUGUCCUCCUACCAGCUCUGUUGUUUUGGGACCAGCUGGUCCUAUAUCUCAGUAUGUGUCAAAUAUACACCAUGUUGAGCAGUCGGUGAUCAUGACCCCUCAUAGUGUCACCCAUUCUGUACCUAUGGGUCAUUUUUCCCAAGGAGAUGUUAGAGCCAGUACUCCAUCAUUAUCUGGAAUAGGUUGUGGAAUCCAUUCAGAAAAUCUGUUAUCACCUCGAUCUGCACCUCCACAGCGCUCCACAACUCCUCAGCCUGCAGUGAUCAGAGAUGUUGUACUGAAGUCACAUGCAGGUUCAUCUGUUGAUGGUCAAGUUGUUGGGCCAAGCAAUGAUGAUCUACAGAGUCUCCCUCAAGGACUUCGUAGAGCUUCUGCACCACAGUUACAACUGAAAAGCAUAGUAAUGCAGCCCGAAAUCAAAAAUCUUCAUCACAGAGCAUUGUGUCUAGGUCAGUACGCCAGAGAUGUGCGUCUACUUGUGCACCAGCGUUUGACUGACCAUCCAGGUGUUGUUGAAAGUCGCCAAACUCGAACACCAGAGGCAAUGCAGUCAACUUCACACGUAUCAUCUGCUUCUUCUAAAGUCUCCCCUGGGGUAAAGAACCCUUCACAGACUGUGAGGGAUGCACCAAAAGCAAUGGAGCUUAAGAUGUCCUCUCACUCUGACAAUAGGAUAAUAGGACACCCACCUGGCUCUGUGAUGGUAUCUUCUCAAGGAGUUCAGUUGAUUCAUCCUGGAAAUGCAAACUCCAUGUCUGAAUACUACAGAGAAAUGCGUGGCUUCCAUCCUCAGUAUCCAAGUCAUUCAGUAAUUGGAAUUAACUUGGCUAAUCGUGGAGUAGCUGCAUCACAGGUCUCCCAAGUUGAUCAAAGUCAGAGACACAAGGCUACCUCUGUCUCCUCCAUUGAGUCCGUGGGAAGUUUUGGCGAAUCAAAACUUGACGGUUCUCACAUUCGACACCAAUGCUCCGUAGAUUUGUCUCACAUAUCACGGGUUCAGGGUGAGACUGGCUCCCCCUCUUACACUUCUCCAGUGACUAUAACACCCAAAUUGGAGUUGCCCAUCACCAUGCAGAAGGGACCUCAAGGACCUAACCAGACGCCACCACCAUCCUCAGCCAUUUCUCAGAUGCGAUCAGACUUUAAACCUGACCACACAGGACUUCAGUCCAUUGAUAUGGUGCAGUUGUUAACGAAAUACCCAAUUAUUUGGCAAGGUCACCUGGCACUUAAGAAUGACACUGCAGCAGUACAGCUUCACUUUGUGUCUGGUAACAGUGUUCUGGCUCACUGUUCACUGCCGCCACCAGAAGGAGGUGCCUUUCUUCGCAUUGCCCAGAGAAUGCGCUUGGAGGCCUCACAACUUGAGGGAGUUGCAAGACGUAUGACUGCUGAAAAUGAAUACUGCCUUCUGUUGGCAUUGCCUUGUGGACUGGACCAAGAGGAUGUCCACAACCAGACCCAUGCUCUUAAAACUGGUUUCAUCACUUACCUGCAAGCAAAACAAGCUGCUGGAAUUAUCAAUGUCCCAAACCCAGGCUCAAAUGAGCCAGCCUACGUUGUCCAGAUUUUCCCUCCUUGCGAGUUUUCUGAAAGCCACUUGACUCAUCUUGCUCCAGACCUUCUCAAUAGCAUCUCCAGUAUCUCUCCCCAUCUCAUGAUUGUUAUAGCUUCUGUAUAAGAGGGAGAUGGAAAUCCUAGCUUCCCACACCAACAUGCCAACCCCAGCCUUUGGGACUUAACAGUUUUUUUUUUUUUUUUUUUGUACUCUGGAAGGCACCUCAAUGUUAGUCAAGUUCACUCCUUUUUGGCCAUGUAUUCACUCUUUUUGUUUGUUUGUUCUUUCACCAGCCUUUUAAUCCAUUGACUCAUUCCCGUAUGCGUUUAACUGUUUAACUGUGUAUCACCGUAUAGUACACAGAGGUAAAAUGGAGCUAUUUACAAUGAUCAAUUCUCUGAUCUUUUUUUCUUUUCCUUUUUCUUCUUUUGGAGAUUUCUAUCUAUGGAUUUUAAAACACUGAAGAUCUUUGGGAUUAUUACAUGUGGUUAAGAAACUUUGUAUUGAUUUAAGAUUUCUUUUCUGAAGAAUAAUCAGACCAACCAUUGCACUAUGUUAUGAAAAUCAAAAAAAAACAAAACAAGAUUGUACAAAUUUGGUUAUUGAAAUUGUAAUUUUACUUUAUUACUUGGACAUGCUUCAUUCACCAGCCAUUUUUGUGGUAGACUAAAAAUGUUGUCUAGUCAAAGUAAUUCAAUUGAAUUCCUUUGACACAUUUUAUAAAAACAAAGAAUAAUAAAUAAUAAUGUAAUAUAAAGCAGCUACUUUUCAAUCAUAAGUAAACAAGUUACUUCCAUGUUAUUUGUAUAAGUGGCUCUCAAUAUAGUCCUUGUUAUCUCCCAAAGGGACAAAAUGUGGGAGAAUUGUGAGUUGAACAGUUUACACUUGAUGCCUCAAUUGGGGAUUGUAUGAAUACUUUUUUUUGCUUUCCUCUUAAUACUUGCAAAAUGAAUCGGGUGAAGGCCUGGUUGUAAAUAUGAUGUAUAUUUAAUGUCUUUCGAAACAGUUGACAAGCAUAACAAGAUUGACAGCUUCUUGCAGUCAACCGUCAAAGUGAACUGUCAGUUACCACUUGAGUAUCAUUUCAGAUUUUUGUUCUGUUGACGUUUUUGAAAUCAAUCCUGUGCCAUAAUUUUUAAAUGGAGAAAACUAAAUGAAUUGAGGUUCAAGUUUUAUUUUGAUACUUGACUUUGUAUUUGUCACUUGAUCUUUAAGGCCUGCUUUUACAUUGCCUUGUUUUAUGUUUUUUGUCCCCUACCUCUAUUUCUACCAUUGUUUUUUGUUUUUUCAUGUCAGUGACUAUUGUGGGGUAUCUUUACUGUUGAUACUGCCCUUAGGACCUCCGAACUAAGUGUUAAAUUCUGUUUUCCACUGUUUCUUUCUUUUUAUUUUUUUUAUUUUUAUUUUUUUUUAAACAUACCUCUGAAUGUCCAACAAGAACAGUGCAAUGCAAGUGGUAAAUAUACCUUGUAAAGGGAGAAGAAAAAAAAAUCUGUCAGGAGACAUGAUAGAGGCUGGCUUUUUUGGUCUCUUUUCUUGAUUGAUGUCUCCUUGAGCCAAGCUGUAAAUAAUCAUUUUUCAUUUUGUGUUGCUUCUUUUUCUCUGUCUUUGUUUUGUCAGGGUCAUUAUUUUGUUUUGUAAGACAAAACAAAAGUAUGUAAAGAAAACCGAUGCAGAAAGUAAACCAUGAGUCUUAGUUUUGCAGUUUCAUUGGGUUACUACAAACUCUCUCAUGGUAAUUUUGAAGGCACUUACAUUUUUGGUAUACAAAUGUAAAAUAUCAGAAUACCAAAAGAAAGUAAAUGGAUACAGAUAUGCUGAUCUUAAAAUUUUGUCUGGUUUAUCUAAUUUCGUCAUUUUGAGUGUAUUUUGCAGUUCCUCUAUGAGGACAUUUGAAGAUGUAAAAUAAAUUUUGUUUGCUAACACCUUUGCAGAUCAUUAAAUGGUCAUUCACUCUC